GCAGGGCCGCAGAAGCCCCUCCCCCCAGCUGCACCGCAGCCUGGCCUGUUUUGCGCUCGCCGCUUGACCCGGACCCGCGCAGCGCCGGUGGCUCGGGGAAUCGGCCCCCGCCUCCUCCCCGCCCGGGCCUAGAGCCAUCCACAAUCAGAGGCCGGAGAUCGAGCUGGAACGGCUGCCGCAUCCCGGCUCAGCCUCCCCCACCAUCCCUCCCUCUGGCUGGACAUCUGGACCCUGGGCCCCGCACCUACAGGGUUCCGGAAACCCUCCCCGCCUAGCUCCGCGGCCAGGCCCCGCGCCACCCUCUCUCUAGAACCCCAGCCUCCUCCAGACCAGACUUCGGUCUACUCCUGGACACCCCCUUCCUGUGCUCUCCCUGUCCCCCUCCCCCAGCCUGGACCCCGGUAGGAGGGAGGGGGGGUGUGCGCCUUGCGCCGUCCCCGCCCCGCCCCCCGUGAUUCCCCCUGCAUGGCCGGCCCGGGUGGGGGACGCGGGGGGGCCCGGGCGCCAUGCGGGGGGGGCACAAGGGGGGUCGCUGUGCUUGUCCCCGUGUGAUUCGAAAAGUGCUGGCAAAAUGCGGCUGCUGCUUCGCCCCGGGGGGACGUGAAUCCUAUUCCAUUGCUGGCAGUGAGGGGAGUGUAUCAGCUUCUGCUGCCUCUGGUCUGGCUGUCCCCUCUGGUCCCAGCUCUGGGCCAUGUUCCCCAGGCCCUCCGGGGCCAGCUGGUAGCCUGAGAAGAUGGUUGGAUAAUUCCAAACAUUGUCUCAGUGUGGAAACUGAGGCAGAUGAUGGUCAAGCAGGACCAUAUGAGAACUGGAUGCUAGAGCCAGCUCUAGCCACAGGAGAGGAGCUGCCAGAACUGACCUUGUUGACCACAUUGUUGGAGGGCCCUGGAGAUAAGAUACAGCCACCUGAAGAGGAGGCUUUGUCCCAAGCCCCUGAAAGUGAAGAGGAACAGAAAAAGGCGGCUCUGGAAAGGAGUAUGUAUGUCCUGAGUGAACUGGUAGAAACAGAGAAAAUGUACGUGGACGACUUGGGGCAGAUUGUGGAGGGUUACAUGGCCACCAUGGCUGCUCAGGGGGUCCCGGAGAAUCUUCGAGGUCGUGACAGGAUUGUGUUUGGGAACAUCCAGCAAAUCUAUGAGUGGCACCGAGACUAUUUUUUGCAGGAGCUACAACGGUGUUUGAAGGAUCCUGAAUGGCUGGCUCAACUAUUCAUAAAACAUGAGCGUCGGCUGCAUAUGUAUGUGGUGUAUUGUCAGAAUAAACCCAAGUCAGAGCAUGUGGUGUCAGAGUUUGGGGACAGCUACUUUGAGGAGCUCAGGCAGCAGCUGGGGCACCGCCUGCAGCUCAAUGACCUCCUCAUCAAACCUGUGCAGCGGAUCAUGAAAUACCAACUGCUGCUCAAGGAUUUUCUCAAGUAUUACAGUAGAGCUGGGAUGGAUACUGAAGAGCUGGAGCAAGCGGUAGAGGUCAUGUGCUUUGUGCCCAAGCGCUGCAAUGAUAUGAUGACCCUGGGGAGACUUCGGGGAUUUGAGGGCAAACUGACUGCUCAAGGGAAGCUCUUGGGCCAGGACACAUUUUGGGUUACAGAACCUGAGGCUGUGGGGCUACUCUCGUCCCGGGGUCGAGAGAGGCGUGUCUUCCUCUUUGAGCAAAUCAUCAUCUUCAGUGAGGCUCUGGGUGGAGGAGCUCGAGGUGGCACACAACCUGGAUAUGUGUAUAAGAGCAGCAUUAAGGUGAGCUGCCUGGGACUGGAGGGGAACCUCCAAGGUGACCCUUGCCGCUUUGCGCUGACCUCCAGAGGGCCAGAAGGUGGGAUCCAGCGCUAUGUCCUGCAGGCUUCAGACCCUGCAGUCAGUCAGGCCUGGAUCAAGCAAGUGGCUCAGAUCCUGGAAAGCCAGAGGGACUUUCUCAAUGCAUUGCAGUCACCCAUUGAGUACCAGAGACGGGAGAGCCAAACCAAUAGCCUGGGACGGCUGGGAGGGCCUGGGGUAGGGAGCCCUGGGAGAAUGCGGCCUGGAAACCGGUCUCAAGUCAGCAUGCACACACCCAUUAAUGGCUCUCUCCCCUCCCUGCUGUUGUUGCCCAAAGGAGAAGUGGCCAGAGCCCCGCUGUCCCUGGAAACACAGGCACCCUCUGGUCUAGACCCACCAGAAGAUUCAGUGUCCUGUGACUUCCCUCCAUUCCCCCAAUACCCAGAUACUAAAGCACAAAUACCCAGUGUACCUUUCCUUCUGAGGCCUCUGUGUUCUGCUGAUGUAUAAUGGGAAGGUGAAGAAGAGCCUGGUGUCUUGGACCCCUUUCUGGUUUGGGUCAUCUUUGCUUUCUGGGAAGUCAUAGGGCAUGUCCAUGCUGAGCAGGCAGGGAUUCUUCUUCAAACCCAGAUCCAAGAGUGUAGAGUCCAAAGGGGUAUUCACCCCUACCAACUUCUGGCACAGCUCCUAGUCUGAAAGCCAAACAUACAGAGAACCAAACAUACACAUGCCCUGUUCUGGUCCUUGUGCAUCCGUGUGUCCACUAUGUCCAUUUGUCCCCUGGGUUCCAUCACGUGUACUGGGGCUUCCUCAGCAGACAAUAGACUGCUGGGGUGGGAGGGUGAGGAGAUGCUGGAGUCUCCCUGUGGGCCCUAGAUCCCUCUAGCUGACAAUGAGGGGAGGGAUCUGUAAUGGGGAGACAGGACGUAAGACCCAGAUAAGAUUUCUGGGGAACAAUAGGAGGAAUUGAAGAGGUGAGACCCGCCCUCUCUGCACCGCACCCCUGGGGCUUUGGGGUCAGGGAUGGGGGACCAGAGGGUGAUGGGGAGUGGUGCCAAAGAUUCUUGUGAAUGGAGGAGGGGAUAGCAGCAAGUAGCAGGAUUCUGGAGCUUAGAACCUUUUUAUUUCUUUAUGGUUCACAGGGAUACAUAAGGUGUGUGGUUGACCCCAUUGUACUUAGUUUAACCAUGCAUGUAUUUUUGAGUGUCUACUUUGAGAAUAGCACCUAACUGUAAUAAACAGUGCUUCAGAGCUUUUUUUUUUCAUUGUUUUGACACUGAAGAAAUAAAAUUUCCUAUUAGUUGACCAUUUCGCUUAAAUUAGACCCAGCCACUCCCUCCAGAGGUGUGGGGUAGUAGUUCUGUCAUUGUCUUUGUCUAAUACAUGUAGCUGUUCCCAUUUCAGUAAUUUGUGAAACCGUUGAAGCCAAUAAAGCCCCUUAUACUUUC